UUCGGCUCUCCCUCUGAUCAUAACGCAUUCAUUGCCUCUGCUCUCUGUGACAGUCGUUUGGAAGUGUGCAUAUUUCGAGUCGUUGCGGUGGUGGAGUUUGGGGACGUUAAACGGGUCCUAUUAAGCUAGCCGCCAAUGCCGAAAAUUCUUCGGUAGCUUCAUUUGCUAACCAACUCCUGAAUAUCUAGUUGUAUGCAUGUGACAGGAAAAUGCGGAACUCACUGCUGGAAAGAAAGAAGUCAUUUGCAUCAGUUAGCAUGGGAGAAGAAAAGCCAUUUGACUUUUUUCGUACUUUCUUUGAGGGUGUUAUAGCUGGAGGUGCAGCUGGUGUUGUUGUUGAGGCUGCUUUAUACCCUAUUGAUACAAUAAAGACACGGCUGCAGGCUGUGCAUGGUGGUGGGAAAAUAGAUUUGAAGGACCUUUAUUCUGGAUUGACUGGAAAUCUUGCCGGUGUCCUACCGGCUUCUGCUUUAUUUGUUGGGGUCUACGAACCUACAAAACAGAAAUUAUUAAUGACUUUUCCUGAAAAUCUCAGUGCCGCAGCCCAUUUUACUGCAGGUGUUGUAGGGGGCUUUGCCACUUCUUUCAUUCGUGUUCCAACAGAGAUUGUUAAGCAAAGGAUGCAGAUUGGGCAAUUUACUUCAGCUCCUGAUGCUGUUCGCCUUAUUAUUUCUAAGGAGGGAUUCAAAGGACUAUAUGCGGGAUAUGGAUCUUUCCUAUUACGGGAUUUGCCAUUUGAUGCCAUUCAAUUUUGCAUCUAUGAACAGCUUCGGAUUGGUUACAAGGCAGCGGCAAAGAGAGAUCUAAAUGAUCCUGAGAAUGCCAUUAUUGGUGCUUUUGCUGGUGCACUAACUGGGGCUAUAACUACUCCCCUUGAUGUGAUUAAGACAAGGUUGAUGAUUCAGGGAUCUGCAAACCAGUACAAAGGAAUACUUGAUUGUGUUCAAACUAUCGUUAGAAAAGAAGGACCUUCUGCUCUACUGAAGGGCAUUGAGCCAAGAGUUUUGUGGAUAGGCAUAGGCGGCUCAAUCUUUUUUGGUGUCCUUGAGAGCACAAAGCGGCUCCUCGCCCAAAGGCAUCCUGCACCUCACCAAGACUCAAAUACCAAGCAUGAUUAAAUCUAUGAUGGGCUGCGACCCCAAAUAUUUCUUCAGUUUUCUCUUCAAUUUUGUUUAUUUUGCAUUCUUUAGCCAGGUUAUGGUUCCUGCCAUCAUGAGACCCCCACUCCAUGUAAUGUAUUAGAUUCUUGGAAUGAAAAUUCUAGUAGGCAGCGGCAGUUUAUUGGGAAUCCAACAGUUCAUGAUGUAACAAUCGGGAAGCCUAAACAGUGGAGAAGAUAGAAAAUCAGCUUGCAGCAUUUGGGGGACCCAAAACAGUGCAGAAGAUUUAUAUGAGCUGAUCGACGAAAGAUUUAAAAGAUACAGUUGUUAGGGUAUGCAAUCUAAUAAAGAUGCUGAGGAAAACCUACUUUUGAACAUUCUAACCAAUCGGCAUGUUAAGGUAAGCUGUGGUAACAACUUGCGACACAUUCGAUUAAAACCUUUCUAUCUGAGUAGACAGCCUGGUGUUGAAAUGAUGUGCAGGAAUUUUCUUAUCAUUUUACUUGCUCAGUAUGACUUGUAUGAGGAUGUUUUAUCAUGUUUUCUAGCUCCUUGGCAAACUUUCAUGACAGACAUAAUUGUCUGUCUGCUGAUGGGUUUCUAUACCUGGGAAGAAGAUCUCAGGAAGAACUAUCUAAAAGCUGCACAGUAGAAAUUAACACAGUUCCGUAUGUCUCAUUAUAUUGUACUACAUUCAAAAUCCAAGAACUAUGUAUUUCCCUUUGAAGUGCACUGGUAUCCGCUAGACUAUAGGUUUAAGAAAUAUGAGAACAAAUCCCAGCUGCUUUAAUGGAGCUUAGAUCACCAUUACAUGAAUACGUCACGAUAGCAGAUGACCGACUUAAAAAUAAAUCGGGGAGACGAUUGAAGGGUACGGGAAGGUCAGAUGUGGCUGUCACUACUGGCCAUCGUGAAUCAAAGGCUUCCAUCAGCCAUAGGCAGCAUGCCCAUUUUUUCUUCUCUUCGAUCUAUCUCUCAGCCGAAUCCCUGAGAGAUAAACCCUGGAGUGAAGAAUCUAAGAGAGGCCACAAGCAAUGGAACUCACCAUUGCACUUUGCUCAAGGACAGCACCACUGAUAGGAACAAAUACCAAUGCGGGGGUAUCAAUGCCUCAAUAAUCACAUUCCUAACUGGCAACAGAUGAAGAAAACGCAUAAAAAUAAAAUACAAGGUAACAAAUCCCAGCUGAUGAAAAUAAUUAUAACACCCUUUAGACAUUCUCAAAUGAUGCAUUGAGACAAGAGGCCACAUAGCAAUACCCAAACCUGCUAAGUUGGAGCGUUUACCGAUAUUGUACUGAAUUAUUCAUGUGUUUUAUCAGAGAAAUUACUACUUGCUUACUGAUAUCCAAAUUCCCAUCCCACACCAUUGUGUGAAACAGAAGAUGAUGCUACAAGACAGUGGAAUCUAAUCGAGGUACUGAAUCUAGUACCAAAUUGGAUCUGUCAUCCAAGCAAUUGAAAGAGGCAAGGCUGUAAACUAACAAAAAAAGUGAAUCAGGACAUUAAAAUGUAUCAACGGUGUUAAUAGAGAAAUCAUCACAGGCUUACUGGAAGCACAUCAUUUCAUCAAGCUACUUUUAAACAAUCCUAGCAUUACAGUGCAUGCAUAUUCCUGAUUUCAGUUUCAUAAAAAUGGCAACUGAGAGUAAUUUGGACUUGAAAAACAAGCAUUGUUCUUCUUCAGAAACUGAUAGUAACAAGAGGGACAGCUGUGUUCAUAUCUCACAACACUCGUU